ACUGGUGUACAGACGGCACCGGCAUUUUGCAGCGACAACUACGUGGAUGCCGUGUUGUGGGACGGCCUGUCCUAUCGGGUCACCCGAAACGUAUGGAUUGCAAGCUAUGAUCAGAUUCACCGAAAAGUAUCCAAAUUCUUGCAUAAAAGUCAAACUGAUUUUCCCGAAGAGAAAGGCUAUUACUACCAGUCGGGGUAUCACAUCCCACGGGUGCCCGACUGUGACCGCACGCACCUGUCCUGUCAGCUCAUGGAGGCCCUGUCGGGACUCACAAUAUACACCAUACGGGACACCAUAUCGGGUGAGACGGUGUAUCGCAUGGAGCGGAAUACUCGCCACAAAUCCCUAUUACACGACAUUAACAUAAAGUACUUUUUCGAAAGCAAUUUAAUGCCGCGCCGGUUGGCCCAGAAGUACCGGCCCUCGGUCUACAUACCCUCCCACUACAUGUUCGUACACGUCAUGAAUAAAUACCGUAACUUCGGGCCCCUUAUCGAGACCAUUGAGCUGAGAGCUAACGGCGUGAUUGAGCGCUCGUACUACGAGUUGACUGAACCCAGGGAUACGGUGUUUGUGACCAGUUUUUGGUGGGAAUUAACCCAAAGGGUGUAUAUUAUCGGCGAGAGUACGAUGGGUUUUGGCAACGCUUUCCUCUAUGAGUUACAAAUGCCUAACAAAACUGUUGUCAUAAAUCCAAUCAAUAUGACUGUUUUAGAGUUCUUUGGGUGUGUACACCCUAAAACCACCCGUCCCACUCAUACAAUCAUAAAUCAUACAUCAAUUAACUCAACCAACACUACCGAACAGUAUAUCUCUGUCCAGACAUCCUAUGAUGAGAAUGACUACAACGAUAUGAGGGCUGAUACUCAAGAUCCCGAUCCACCCGCUGCUGACACCACUACCGCUGAGCCGGAACUGGACUUUUGGAAACACCUCUUCAUAAUUAUCUACUUUAUGCUCAUAUUAUACACGCUAUUAAUGUGUAUAUUUGGCUGUAUUUCCAUGAUAUACCUGAGGCGACAUAACAUUGACAAUAGAGGGGAACGUCUGGUGGAAAGGGAGGACAGGGCUACGGGACUCAAAUCUGUGGCGCAAACACCACAUAUCGCACACAAACAGUUGAGAUUCAAUGACCACAUCAACGACUUCUUCAUCGAGGAGUACGAGGCGUCGCCUAAAAUACCGACACAUUUGUGUCGAUCCGUGUCCUGUCAUACCAUCGACUCGUUUGAGGGCAACAACACGUGUUAAGCCAUUUGUGGCCAAAAAUGUCUGCUUUUAUAAGUAUUUUGUGAAUCAAAUUAUGUAUCAAUUGUAGUUCGGGUGGUUAGUAUAGAAAGUGUAUGUUUUAAGGACUGGGAG